UUUGAUGUCCAGAACGCAGAACCUGUACUACAUCCGCCCGUACUACCACACAGUGUCCUACUUCAGCGGCUGUAUAGCCUUUCUUCUGGCUGAAGACUUCAGAAAGAAGAAUAUUUCUAAGGGCGUGCAACUGGCUGGCUGGUGCGUGUCUCUGAGCUGCGGAUUGAUAUCUGUGUUCGGCAAAUUGCCCUGGUACCGAAGCCCGAACCCUACAUCUGAGAUGGUCACACUGUUCGUGGCCUUCUUCGACCGCAUCGUCUGGUCCGUCUUCCUCGUGUGGAUCACGCUGGCCUGCUCUUCCGGCAGAGGCGGUAUCAUCGGCAAGUUUUUGUCCUGGAGUGCGUUCGUACCAUUGAGCAAGCUUUCGUUUGGCGUCUUCCUCAUACACCAGCCGUUUAUUAAUCUUAUGCUGCAUGCGUCGAGGGAAAGAGUGGUGUGGUCCAGAUUCAACAUGGUCACACUGUGGUUCUCAGUGCUAGUUUGGAGUUUUCUGCUGUCUUACCUGGAGUUCCUCGCUUGCGAAGCACCGGUAACCAAGCUCAACAGCCUCAUCUUUGGCAGAAUACCGGGAAAAGGCGAUGCUGGAGAACGGAAGCGGCGAGGACGACCUGCAUGAACCGAUGCCAGCCAGCAUAUAAAGCGGACAGCAGAGUUCUAUGCCGAAAAUGAUCUGUGCUCGUAUAUGUAUUAUGAAAAGCGGGCAGUUGCCUAUCAAAAUCUUA